UAAAUAAAUAAAUAAAAACCAGCCUGGUUUACAGAGCAAGUUCCAGGACAACUCAGGGCUGUCUCAAAAUAGCCAUGUAAAAAACACUUAAAAUUCUGUAUUUUUAUUUUAUGAGUGUUUACCUGCAUGUAUGUAUGUAUACCACAUGCAUGCCCAUGAAGACUAGAGGGCAUUGAACCCCCCGGAACUGGAGUUACAGAUGUUUAUGAACCACUAUGUGAGCGAUGGGAGCUGAGUCCAGGUCCUCAGGAACAGACGCAUUUGUUCUUAACCACUAAACUUUGGUCAGCUUGUUGCUUCCCCCCCCCCACCCCCCGACAGACAAGGUUUAUCUGUAUAACAGCCCUGGCUGUCCUGGAACUCACUCUGUAGACCAGGCUGGCCUUGAACUCACAGAGAUCUACCUGCCUCUACCUCCUGAGUGCUGGAACUAGCUGGGACUAAAGGUCCACACCCAGCUAGCUUGCUCCCUCUUAACCCCCACAAAGCCCUUCCAUGCCUGGCUCUGGCCUGGGUGAAGGGGACUCUGCGGUCAGAGAGAGAUCAUGUAUGCUCUCACAUACUGUGGUUGCCAACCUUACCACAAGGAGAACCCUAGGCUGGCAACCACAACCAUGGCCACAUUCCUCCUGGUGGCUGAGUGACCUAGAGGCACUGGGGACUACUCUCAUCAUGGCUCCUCUGGUAGGAGGAUAUGUCUCUUCUCUCUGAGCUUUCACAUCCUCACAGUAGAAUAAAGAUGACUGUAACCGACUGCCUCACCCCCAGGGUGUUCAGCACAGUCCCUGCCACUUGAUCAGGUCACAGUAUUGAGAUCCACCCCCCCCCCCCAACUCCUGGGUCAGCCUAGAACCUCUCUCUGUGAGCUGGAGCUCAGUGUGUGGGAGCCAGGGUCCCCUGUGGGAACUGUGUACGUGUCACCUCCAGGGCCCUGGGGGAAGGGAGGAGGACAGCGAGGUGUCGAUUCCCUAUUGGCCUGAGCCACAAAUAACUCGAAUGCACAGCUGCACCCCAACCGCAGUGCACGCUCCAUGAAGUAACUUCAGAGGCCAUGAGGCUGGCCCUGCCAUUGCUGCUACUGUUCGGGUGCAAGGCCACCCUGGGAAGCCUUGGGGACAGGCCUCCGCUCUCAGCUACCGCUCCAGUGCUGGAUGACGAGGAGAAGUACGCAUCUUAUAUGCCUGUUCACCUGCGCUGUGAUGCCUGCCGGGCUGUGGCCUACCAAAUGGGGCAACAUCUGGCAAAAGCAGAAGCUAAAUCUCACGGUCCAGACUCCAGUGGACUGCAGGAGCUGAGCGAGUCGGUAUACACAGAUGUCCUGGACCGGACCUGCUCUCAGAACUGGCAGUCCUAUGGAGUUCAAGAAGUGAACGGGAUGAAACGUCUCAUGGGCCCAGGACUCAGCAAGGGGACAGAGCCUAGCAUCAGCGUGAUGAUUACUGGGGGUCCCUGGCCCAAUAGGCUCUCCACGACGUGUUUCCAGUACCUGGGAGAGUUUGGAGAGGAUCAGAUCUACGAAGCCUACCGCCAAGGCCAUGAGGCCCUGGAUACCUUGCUGUGUGGUGGCCCUCAGGGUUCCUGCUCACUGGAAAACCCAAAAGAAGAGCUUUAGUACAAGUGGUACACCUGCAGAUCUUCUCUCCCUAUAUAUAUAUAUAUAUAUAUUUUAAAUUAAUGGUUGCUUGGAGACAGGGUCUCAUCGCAUAGCACAGGCUGGCCUCAGCCUUGGAAGUGCUGCCGUGACUCUCCUGAGCCUUUGGCCCUAUUCCUUCAGCAGUGGUGAUGGGGAGGGGGCAGGGAAACCUGGGCCUUGUUGUCAGUCUUCUUCCUUCCUCCACCCCUCUUUGGGGCAAUGGGGGUUUCUACUUUCAAAUAAAGCUCAGUGACUUUGAAGUCUC